AAUUAAUAGUUAGUUAUGGUUUAAUUAACUAAAUGUUCUCACAGAGCUAAAUCACGCCUGUAAUGUACUUAUUUUAUCUGUCUGUAAACAACAGAAUCAUUAAAAAGCAAUGUUUGCUAAUAAGUCUAUUAAACCAGUAAUGAAGGCAGGAUUUUAAGUGUUUCUUUCUCUCUUUUACACUUUGUUCAGGAGUUAACGCAUCGUUUCUUAAACCACUGCAGCUCAUAAAAAUCCCGGAGCUCUGCAGCUGGACACGACAACGAUAUUAAUAUUCACAGGUCCCGCUCCAGGAAGUGUGGAUGUCUGAAACAGUUUUCCAUCAACAGGUGUCCCACAGAGGUGGACUAACGUCCCACUUUGCUGACUGGCAAUUGGCCAAGAGUUCAGCUUCACUGACGUUUCACUGCGUCACGCGGUCCUCUUUCUAUAUGCUAACUUUGUGGGUUUCGUGUUGGGACGGGGGAUUUCAGCGCGACCCUGCGAUCAGGGAGGAAAACUCUGCAGCAGUCCUCAUUAAAAUUCCCCGUCCGUACGCUCACCACGAGAACCUCCUGUGGUGGGUGGCACCGGCGUCCUGCGCGCCUCUUAAUUGCGCAUCAAGCAUUAAGGGGAGAUCACGGAUCACAGUUCCAUUACCCGUGGCCGCGGAUUACGCUGCCUUGAGGCUGGGAGGGGGUUGCUUCACGUCCCGCUAUUUACGGCGUUGGGGCUGAGAGAGGAAAGGUGGACGCAGAGGGGUCCAGGGGUCCAGCGAAGGGUGGCGCCCUGCGCAUGUUGUAGUCCAGCGCCUGGACGCACAGUGCCGCUUCCCAGGGGCCGGGGGACCCACAGCGACACGGUCGGCUCCUGCAGUCCGCUGCCUGGGCUCCACUGGCUUCUCGCUGCAGCUCAUGAUUCGGACAUUUCUGUGCGGGGACUGGCAACAUGUGCGCCCGGAUGGUGUGAAGUGUGACACGGCGGCUUUUGGGUUGCAUUUCACUCGGAUACGCCGAGCAGGCUGCCCGACGUUACGGCGCACCUUGUGCAGUAGAGAACCAUGAGCACUGUGGAGGAGGAGCCGGAUCACAUGAUACCAUGAAGACAAGCCUACAGGUCCUGCGCUGCCAGCUGCUGAGUGUUCUAGCAUUCCUAGCACUGCCAGCAGGACUGGUGUCAUCAGCACAGGAGCUGUACCUCAGCCACACAUCCCAGGACUCUGUCUACAUGGCAGUCACACACAGCAGCCCCUUGUCCUCGCCCAAACCUUCACCCCUGGACUGGCAUCAGGAGGGGUCGAGUAGCGGGGAAUGGUCACCCAAAGGCAUGCAACCCACAAAUGCCCUCCUUCCUACGUCUGCUCUUCCCCCUUUACACUUGCAUCGGCUUGCCCAAGCUUCCAACUUAGCUCGUGAGGAUCCUCCCAGUUAUGACAGAGUCACCCCAAACACUGUGAGCACUGGCAGUCAUGUGAAUCACCCCAAAGAGCCCAGCUCUGAUGUUGUAAACAGAAGUCUCAUGCACAAAUUGGUCAGGGCCCAUAACCCAGUUACAGUCAGCACUAACCAGGCCAGCAGCAGCAGCAGUCCUAAAUUUCCUAAUGCAGAGAGGCCAAAUAUAGAUGUGGAAUCUGCUGCUAUAGGGGCCCCAAACCCCCUAGCACCUCUGUCCAGCUCUGGAGCAGAAAAAGGGGAUGCACUCGAUGCAAACCACACAGGGCCUCAGAAGCUGAGUGUAGAGGAACUCGGGCAGCGGUAUGCUCCACGCCUGCAGCCCCCCUCUUCACUCUCAGUCGAUGCUGAUGCUGCACGAGGCCUGAAACUCAGGAAUCACGCUGUAGGAUCCUCGCACCACGCCAUCACCCUUCGCGAGGUGCAUGGAGUGGACGAGCCCCCCACUGCUCAGUUGGUUGUCACUGUCAAGAGCCCACCACAGAAUCAAACUUUCACUGCGUCCAGCGCCCCGUCCACCGUGACGGGCGUCACAACACAGAAUUCAACACUCACGCCCGCCACUCGCACUGCAGCGAACGACAUCCCCACUGUGGAAAGUCAGUCUCAAGGUUCUGUUCAAGGUAACAGCACUGACCUGCUAGGGAAUGCAACUGCAUAUGGGGAGCACUUCUCCAAGAGCACAUCAGUCAAGAUGGAACAGCAGGCAAACAGCUCAGAGCCCACUUCCACAACCAGCGGGAACUUCCAGAUCACACAGUUGCCAAUCACCACCGCGACACCUGGCCACAACCCAGGCACUGCUAUCGACUCCACGUCAUCCCAAAAGGACAUCUGCUUUAGCAGGAUGGCCAUCGUGUGGAUCGUGCUGGCCAUCAGUGUGCUCGUGUCCUCGUGUUCUGUGCUGUUGACUGUGUGCUGCAUGAGGAGGAAGAAAAAGUCUUCAAGUCAGGAGAACAACCUCAGUUACUGGAACAACGCCAUCACCAUGGACUACUUCAGCAGACACGCCGUGGAGCUGCCCAGAGAGAUACACACUCUGGAGAGUGAGGAUCAUGACACCUGUCUACCCCCUAAUGGAGACUACAGCGGCAGCAGCGUGGUCCUGGUUAACCCUUUCUGCCAGGAGACCCUCUUCAUCAACAGAGACAAAGCUUCUGCCAUAUAGAGACACAGAGGGGCGAGAAGCUCUGCAGAUCCUCGUCCUCCUCUCCCCCUGCUGUUCUUGUCUAUUUUAUAUAUGUGGUAAAUAUUCAGAGACUUCGACUUUAUACUGUAUAUCACAAACACAAAGAGAAACCUGAAAGAAGCGCGGCGUAAACAGACGCUUAUUUACUACGAGGAUGCACCUGCGUAUUUUUCUGAUGUACAUUUUCUACAAAAGGCUUAAUUGUGAUAAAGGUUUUUAUUGUCUUUAUAAAAUUACAGAGUAUAUGUGGUUUUGUUUCUUUGCAGUGGCUUGAUGGUGAGUGCACUGUGGAUGUUGCCACACAAAAUCUGCUUUAGAGAGAGACACAUGUGCUAUAAAAAAGAUUAAAGCUGUUCUUUGUAAGUUUAACUUUCCUUUAAAAUCAAUCCCUGAAUACUUACAGCCUGUUGAACUUGAAUAAGCACCUAGAUAAGUCGGGGGGAGGAGAGGCAGGGAUAUGUGGAGGAAUAAUGGUUGUGAAAUCUGAGCCUGUAUUUAUCAAACUUACUAAAAAUGAUCAUUUAGAACUAAAAGUAAAGACUGGCAUUAAAAUGACUCAACCCUUAAGAGUGGCUUUCAAAUGAUCAGUUUGCUCAGACUAGUCAGAUACACAGAUUGAUUUUAAUAUUAAAAAUGUAUGUUCUUUUAUCUGGUAAUGUUCUAAUUAAGAAGAUGAUUAAACAUCCAUCUAUUUUUUUUGGCCAUUUAUCCAGCCCGGGUUCACUGAGAGGUUGGAGCCAGUCAAUCACAGGCCUAAAACACAGAGACAGACAAGCUUUGCCAGGUAUCGAGGGGACUAGGGGGUCUGAGGGGACGGUGUAAAGCUGUAGUGGCAUCCUGGUUAUUAAACAUACAUAAAAUAAAACAUUAAAAUUAAUUUGUAGAGUCAAUACGUUUCUAUUGUGAGAGUAAGAAUUAAACCUCAUGGUCACAAUUUAAGCAAAGCAAUAAAAACUCGCUAAAGUGAAAAGAUGUUUCUGGGAGCUGGGCCCUUUAUGAAUUCACUGAUUCACUUUGGUUUUUUAAAAAAAUAUUAUUCUAAACAGAAAUUUAAACAUUAGAUGAAAUCAGGUAUACAGCUGCUACACUUUGAGAUACAUUCUAGGAAUUAUAUAGCAGCUAAGGGGCUUUGACGCAGGCAGCAGUGCAUGAUGAUGAUUCCAAACACCUUAGCCUCAGAAAAACAGUCAAAAACAGUGAAGACCGGAGCUGUGCUGUGCAGCAGACAGUGAUAGCAUGGAAACACACAAGUUCACCAGUUCUGCAGUUUGUUUUUAGGUGAAUUUUAACCCUCGGCAGUUUGAUAAAUACAGGCUUGGAUCUUAUCGGUCAGUCUGAGCAGGUCUUUGGGCGAUGUGGAGUCCAGCAUCCAGCAGUUUUGAAUAGCAGCUUUCAGCUCUCAAUAAAAAUGGAGCGGACUUAAAAUGGCCUUUCCCCUUCAUGCGUCACCAGCUUCUGCGAAGAGGGACCACAUAGAUGUCUUAAUUCCUUACGUUGGCCCUUUAUAUAUCAGUAUGCGUGUGCAUGUAGGUGCACUGAGGCGUGCGUGUGAGCAGGCGAGCUGCGACGUGCCGCCCCUUUAACCAAAUGUCACGGUUACUUUAAAGUUUAAUUGAGACUCUGUGCGACGUUCAGCUCAGUUUUUGUGCGUCCGUUCCUGUGGGUGCCUCUGUACGUUUGUCCCGUCUGUUUGUCUCUCGUGUAUAUCGUGGAGUAGCUACCGGUCAUGUGCGAGAAAGAGUUCCUCGCUGCUGUAGGAAACAUUUAGACCACCCUUGCUACUGUAAGUGUCUCCCUCCAUAGACGGCGUGUUUAUCCAGUAUUGCAAACCGUGUCAAAGGCUGUGUUAGAGGCAAUAAAAACAAAAAAUUAAAAAAAUAUAUGCUGAGACAAAUGAAGAAUGCUGUGAGCACGUACAGAGGCGAUUUAAUCAAAAGUGCGUUAUUUAGUUUCAUUAUUAAAUCUGUGGUCCUUCUGUCAUUUGUUUUUACUUUUGCAUCGCUGCCGUUUUUUUCAGUAAUCAAUGCUGUCUGCCUCUACUGUCGCUGAAGAUUCUCCGUAUUGUAUGAUGUUGUUCUGAGAUCACCUGGUGAAGAGGUGAUGGCGAACAACACAGCUAAUUGAUAUUUCCCGCAUUGGAUGCUCACAGCCGGGCUUGUUGUUUUUUUGCACGCUCAAAAAGUGGAUAUUUUACAAAAAUGUUCAGUGGCACGGUGGAGCAGUGUUCAACAUUAUGUAUUUUUUGUACUGUCGUAUACACACUGUACUUUUUACUGCUGAGCAAUAAAACAAUGGGGGAAAAACCCAUGGA